UCUGCUCUCUUCCCACACCACAACACACCAUUGCAUACACCCGAAUCGACCCACCUCGAGCACCUAAGCUUUCGAUCCAGCAUGUCGUCGCAGCGGAUGGGGCGUCACCAGCGGAGGGCGUCGCAGAGCGUGUUCGCGCUCCCGGAGAACUUCGCCGCCCUGGACGACGUGCCGGCGUCCGACGAGCACCGGAAGGCGUCGGCGGACGGCGGCGCGGGCGAGCAGCAGCAGGGGGGCCGGCCCGCGGCGGGGCGCCACCGGCGGGCCAUGUCCAUGGCCGUCAACUCCUCCAGGGACCUCGAGAUGAUCAAGGAGGACGGAGGCGGCUACAACAACUACAACAAGAUCGGCGCCUGAAUUAGCUAGUACUCCUGCCACGCGGCGCGCACGGCCGGCAUACACCGGCCACGUGCGUGCUCGGCGGCGCUCUCGGUUGAGCCUCGCGCGAGCGGCCAAGCUUUGCCGCAGCUAGCUUGUGCCCAGGGCCGUGUGUGGCGCGUGCUGCUUGGUUCUGGUUUGUUUGUGCUGGUCAAGCGACCAAGCCUAGCUAAGGUCUCUUGCGUGUUUUCCCCUUUUACCUUUGCUCAAGACAUGCAUGUAAGGAGACGUGAUGUUAUUUGCGAGUUCAAACCACUUCAAACUUCAAA